AUUCACGACAGAUUUGCAAGAAGUUGUGUGUUCUUGCCUUUUGCUUUUUCUCCACCAACUACUUUACUUUCUCUGUUUCUUAAUGGCUUCUACACUUGCUCAAGAUGGUCGUGUCAUCGACGACACCCGUAUCCUAGGCUACGAUCCUCUCAUUCAACCGGCCUUGAUUCGUCAAGAAAUUCCUCUUACUCCCCGAUCCGUUAAAACGGUGGCUGAUGGGCGGCGGAUUGCCGCCAGUAUCCUCGCUGGACGCGAUCCCCGUGUACUUGUCAUCGUCGGGCCUUGCUCAAUCCAUUCUCCUCAGUUAGCCUUGGAUUAUUCAUUCAGGCUUAAAGAGCUCGCGACAUCGUUAGGUGGGCUCUUCAUCGUCAUGCGUGCAUAUUUCGAAGUCGGUCUUAAACCACGCACGACCGUUGGCUGGAAAGGGUUGAUUAAUGAUCCCGACAUUGACAACACAUUCAAAAUCAACAAAGGGCUUCGUAUCGGCAGACAACUUCUUUGUGACAUCACUGAUAUGGGACUGCCUGUUGGCUCGGAGCUUUUGGAUACGGUUUCGCCACAAUUCCUUGCUGAUUGCUUGAGUUGGGGUGCCAUCGGCGCACGCACCACUGAAUCUCAACUUCACCGCGAACUCGCCUCCGGUGUAUCUUUCCCCAUUGGUUUCAAGAAUGGCACUGAUGGCUCCGUCCGUGUUGCAGUUGAUGCUAUGCGCAGUGCAUCAAAUCCCCAUGCGUUCAUGGGUGUUACAAACCAAGGUCUUGCAGCGAUUGUCAAGACUACCGGGAACCCCGAUCUGCACGUUAUCCUUCGUGGUGGCACAAAGGGAACGAAUUAUGACGCACAGUCCGUUCAGGCUGUCGAAAAUGACCUCAAAAAAGCGAGACCUGAGGCUUUCCCGAGCAUCAUGGUUGAUGCUAGCCAUGGGAACUCGCUCAAAAACCAUAACAACCAGCCCAAGGUUGUUGAUGUGAUCUGCGAACAGUUGAAGGCUGGUGCCACGGCUAUCACUGGGGUAAUGAUUGAGUCGAACAUCAAUGCUGGUCGUCAGGAUGUUCCACCUGAGGGUCCUGAGGGUCUCCAGUAUGGUAUUAGUAUCACCGAUGCCUGCAUCGGCUGGGAAACCACCGUCAGGGUUUUGGAACGUUUGAAUUCUGCUGCUCUUGCUCGACGCACUUCUUCCGUUUGAGUCUGAACGAACCCAGGCCUUUCAGGCCCCGGAUAAUGGGGGAUUGCUCUGGAAGCCUUCGUUUCUUGAUCAUCUAAAACGCGUUCUUUGCCACUGAACAGACGACGCCAUUUGUAAUACAAUGUGCUCAGAGUACAUAGAUUUAUUCCCGCUACUCUGUAGCGGGUCUUGUAAAAUUUUCGACCCUGAUUGAAUGCGUUUGAUGACGAGGUCCUCUAUUAUUGCCAAUUCUACAUAACCAGGGUCCUCC